AGAGCCGGCAGGUGGCUCCAGCGCCGGCCCCCGCCUCCUGCCGCGGGCGCGUGCGCGGGGAGGCGCGGGGCGGGCUCGGCCUUGCGCGCGCGCGGCGGGCGCCCGCGGAGAUGGCCCAGGCGGGCGGGGAGAGCGCCGAGGACCUUGAGAAGCUCACCGUUGCCCAGUUGAAGGAUCGGCUGAAAGAGGCGGGCUUGCCGGUGUCCGGCAAGAAGGCCGAUUUGGUGUCGCGCUUGAUGGACCAGGUCUCAUCAAACGGCGGCGCCGAGGCCAGGGGGACCCGCGAGGGCGCCGGCGCGGCCGAGGCCGAGGCGCCCACGAAGUCCUCGGCGGCGGCGCUGGCUGCCGCCUACGAGGCGGGCCUCAAGGCGGAGGGGCAGGCGCCCAAGGCCGCGGAGGCCGCGGAUGCCGAGCAGCCAGAGGAGGUCCUGAGGGAUCAGGAGCCGUGGGACCCGGCGCUGCCGGAGCCGGAGGAGGAUGCGGCCUUCGACUCUCGGCCGAAGCUCACGGGGCCGAUCUGUUUCAUGCCGGGCGACUCCACGCUGAACGUGCUGCCGUCCAGAUCUGGCAGCGUCCUGAUGUCCACCAGCCAGGGGGGACUCCAGCACCUCGUGGCCGGGGCACGCGCGAGCGUAGGCGUCACCACGGGCAGGUACAUGUUCGAGGCGAUGAUCGUCGAGAACUCCAUCGCCGGUGCGCAUGAUUCGUGGCACCACCAGGCGCAGCAUGCCUCCAGACAUUGGCUGCGGAUCGGCGUCUCGACCGCGGGAUCUGCGCCGAUCAUGGGCGACACCGAGGAGAGCAUCUGCUACGACUCGAACGGCAGCUGUCAGCACAAUGGCGUGAUUAGGAAGGGAAGCGGCAAGUUCCACCGUGGCCAGAUGGUCGCCAUAGUGCUCAACCUCAAAGGCAGUGGAGACGCGGACAGCACCAUAUCCCUCUUCGUUGACGGCAAGCGCUUUGUGAAGCCGCAGAAGUUGCCCCAGGCCUUGGUGGGGAAGCCGCUCUUCCCCACCGUGACCUUCCGGGGCGUCACUCUGCACGUCCACUUCGGGCCGGAGCCCCGGGUGCCGCUGACGUUUGCUUGCCGCCCUCUGCAGGACGCGGCCUUGGAGGACACCAUUGCGUCUCCGUCUUCCGCGUCAGCAAAGAGCGGCACAUGCGAAGUCAUCUUUCCAGUCUGCUUGCCCGACGAGGGAACGUUCGACUGGCUGGAUUGGCACAAGCAGACGAACCCCGACGUCGUGGAGCUGAGCGACCGCAGCAUCGUGGCCUGGGCGCAGCGCAGCGGCGCCAAGAAGAAGGCCCACCCGAAGGGGGAUCAGAACGCCUCGACGGACCGCCCCGACAUGGCCUUCGAUGCGCCCGAGUUCGAGGACGGCCAAGUGAAGCAGAACCUGACAAUGGCCGCCUCCGUGCAGAAGCGCAGCCUCGUCGUGAUGGAGGUCCGGGAGAAUCUUCUGGAGGAGUUUCGCAGGAGUGCGCUCGCCAAGUUCCGGGCCCCACACUUCAAGAGGGUCGCGCUCGUGCUGGUCGGAGAGCCCCCCGAUGAAUUCAAGAAGUGGCGUCUGGCCUCGCUGCUGAAGGAGAAGCAGGAGAGGGUGGGGGCCGAGUACAAGGCCAAGGUCAAGGAGCAUGCUCGGAAGAAGGUUAUCGCGAGAGCCAGGAGGAAGGCAGAAGUCAUCAAGAAGAAGAUGGAGAAGGAGGAAAGGAAAAAGCAGAAGGAGGAGGAGCGCAGGAAAGCUGCGGAGGACGGCAUGGCCGUAGAAGAGCCAGCCGAGGAGGAGGAGGCCGAGGAGGAGGAGGAGCCCGCCGACGACGUGGACGCCGAGGACGGGGAGCCCGUGGGGCCGCCGCCGCAGGUGCAGCUGACGGAGCAGGAGAUGCAGUGGCCGCACGCGAAGAUCGGCAGGUACCCGGACAUCGUGCCGAGCGUGCUGGCGCAGAUGCUGCCCAGGGUCAGCCUCCCCACGGCGGACGAGGGCUUCGACGAGAUCCGGUACGGGUGGCUGAAGAAGCCCGAGUCCGAGGAGUACCUCAGGACGUGGCAGCUGGAGCGCAAGCAGAACAUGCGCAUGGAGGACAUCAAGCCGUCCCACUGGUUCAACCAAAAGCUGCAGCAGUGGAAGAAGGACCUGGCCGGGUGGCACGCGAAGCGCCUGGACUGGGACGACCCCACCAAGCGGUCUGCCAUGAUCGCCGCAUCUAAGGAGUCCUCCGGCGGGGGCCAGCAGAAAGACGCGGGCAAGAAGUUUGCGCAGGACGAUCCAGACCCACUGAAGACUCUGGAGGAGGGCGAUGAUCUCGAGGAGGACGACAUUUUCGGGGUCGAGGACGUCUGCGACGCGGGCAAGGGCAAGCCAAUGUUCGCCGACUUUGAGUUCGCUGACUGGGCGCUGCUGAGCCUCCGCUUCGAGCUCCACCUGCUCAUCCACGCCUUCGUCCGCGAGUGUGGCGACCCAGAUCGCACUGGCGUGCACCCCGACCACCUGUCCUUCUACUACGGGAGGUUCUUCAAGAAGGGGCUGAAUCCCAAGAUCUACGGGUGCGAGUCGGUGCAGGACAUGGUCGGCCUGGUUCGCGACACGGUCAUCCUCUGUAGGAAGGUGCUCGAGUCCCAGCUGCACGACGAUCUGGAGUCCAACGGCAUCUUCGUCAAGCUCACCGAGGCUUGCCGGCAGGAGCGGCAGCGCCGCAUCGACACAGGCGACCAGACGGCGCAGCUGAAGGUGCAGGUGCCCACGGGCUUCGGGGGCGGCGGCGUGGCGCCGCACCCGAAGCUCGGGGUCGUGCGGCCGCCGAUGCCGGGGCAGGCUGGAUCGACGCUCCCUGUGCGUCCUGGCGGCAACCUCGUUAGUCGCCCGCGUGGCCCUGGGUCGAUAAGGGCGCCCGCCAUGGUCGGCAAGGGCGGCGGCAAAGGCUGGGGCGGAGGCUACGGGCCCAUGAUGAGCAAAGGCAUGGCCAAGGGCAUGAUGAUGGGCAACGGGCCGUUCGGCUGGGGCGGCUUCAAGUGAGCGCGGCCGCGUGCCUGUGAAUCGGUUGCACUGCAGACUGCAGCUGGCUGUUUUGUCCGAUUGGUCAAACAUUUCACUGAUAA